CAAGUUGUAGGAAAUUAAUUUUUAGAUGUAAUCAAUAAAUUAAAUAUAUAUAAAUUCAUUGUUCUAGUGAGAUAUUAAAAGAUAUUAAUUAAAUGUAUACCACGAUUUUUUGUAUUUAGUUUAUGAACGAGCUUGCAUCUUUCUCUCUCUGCAAUACUUUGAUUAGCAAUUUGACCAAUUAAUAAAAUUCUCGAAAAAGUAUUGCCUUCUGUACUAAAAAGGGAAAAAUUCUUAGAAUUUGAGGAGAAGUUUUUCCGAAAAAACUUGAGACAAACCCAAACCCACCAUUUUUUUUUUUAAUUUUUGGUUAAUAUUCCUCGCCAUGUUUCCGCCACACAUUGACAGGCCUGAAUAAAAAAAAAGGCGGGAGAAGCGGGGAAGCAAAUGGACCAUGGACGUCGGUAAUUUUCCCCCACAGUUUUUCCUGGUUCGACAGAAUUUUGGCUACUCCAAAGCAAAACUAGGAAACGAAACAAGAAAGCCCCAAAAAAAGCAGCAAUGGUCAACGGCGUCGUUGGUGUGGCUUCACCCCCUACAAAUUACUAUCGGUUUCAACACCACCUCAACCCUCUCAUUCUGAUCUGGGUUGUACCUGAGCAAGGUACAUCCAUAUCUCCUCUUCACCUCCACGCUUCCCUUGACCUCCCUUUUUCAAUUUAGUUGAUUGGAUUUGGAUUACCCUCCAUUCCAUGCUUGCUCUUGAAGCUCCUACCUCAGGUUUCUACCGCAAUUGUUAGGGUUUGGUCAGGAGACUCGCCCAUUAAUUGUUAGGGUUGUGGCGUGUUGGAGGAUCUCUGCCAUACCCAUUUACGGUAUUGAUCCUUCUUGUUGCUGGGUUGCCAUUAAACUGAGCAGAUUUUUUUUUCUUUUUUCCAUUUUGAAUUUUUUAUUGGGAAUGUGAUUCUUUUUUGUUAUCUGUGUAGAAACUUAGCCCAGUAUGCCUCCGUUUAUAUUCUUCCACCGGGCAAGGGAAACUUUCGCAGCCGAUGAGUUGGGGUUAGAAAUAUUGGAAAUUGCAAUUCCAGCUGCACUGGCUUUGGCAGCAGAUCCCAUUGCUUCUCUGGUUGACACUGCUUUCAUUGGCCAUAUAGGUCCUAUUGAGCUAGCGGCAGUUGGUGUUGCAAUUGCCGUGUUCAAUCAAGUGUCAAAGAUUGCAAUAUUUCCAAUCGUCAGUGUCACAACUUCUCUGGUCGCUGAGGAAGAUGCCAUUGCAACAUUGAGUUCUGAUGAACGGGAGAGUAUAGAAUUACUAGAUACUUCUCCUACUAGUGUCAAAGAAACAGAUGAAUUGUUACCCAAACAUGGUGCAUCACUUGAUUUAACACCAUCGUCAGCCUCUAGCUUCAAAAAGGGACAGUUUGAGAAAAGACACAUCCCAUCUGCUACUUCAGCGCUGGUUGUUAGUUGUGUACUUGGUUUGGUCCAAACUAUGUGUCUCAUCAUUUUUGCUGAACCUGUUCUCAUGUACAUGGGUGUGCAUAAGGAUUCUCCUAUGCUAAUGCCUGCACGAAGAUACUUAGUCUUGAGGUCACUCGGUGCUCCUGCAGUUCUUUUUACUUUGGCUAUGCAAGGGGUUUUCCGGGGAAUCAAGAACACAAGAACUCCUCUAUUCGCUACAGUUGUGGGAGAUGCCACAAACAUUGUCCUAGACCCCAUAUUCAUAUUUUUAUUCCGAUUGAAUGUCAGUGGAGCUGCCAUUGCACAUGUUAUUUCUCAGUACGUGAUGUCCCUGCUCCUUCUGUGGAAAUUAGUUCAACAAGUUGAUAUAUUACCUCCAACAGUCAGCGAUCUGCAACUCGGUCGCUUUCUCAAAAGUGGAUUCUUGUUGCUAAUGAGAGUGAUAGCUGCAACAAUUGUUGUUACCCUGGCAGCUUCUUUAGCCACUAGGACUGGACCAACUGCAAUGGCAGCAUUUCAGGUUUGCUUGCAGAUUUGGCUGGCAACCUCCUUGCUUGCUGAUGGCCUCGCUGUGGCUGGACAGGCAAUCAUUGCAAGUGCUUUUGCAAAGGAAGACCUUGACAGGGCAGUGGACACUUCUGCUCGUGUGCUACAAUAUGCUGUGGUUCUAGGGGUAGCACUCGCCGCCAUCCUCUAUCCUGGGUUGUAUUAUGGUGGAAUAUUAUUUACCAAAGAUGAGGAUGUCUUGAGACUUAUUAGACUUGGUGUCCCGUUUGUUGCAAUAUCUCAACCUGUCAACGUUUUAGCCUUCGUCUUCGAUGGAGUUAACUUUGGAGCAUCUGAUUUUGCAUUUUCUGCAUACUCGAUGAUCUUUGUGUCAUUCAUAAGUAUAUUUUGCCUCUCUAUGCUGACUGUGGGCCAAGGAUUUAUCGGCAUCUGGGUUGCUUUGACCUCGUUCAUGACUAUGCGUACGUUGGCUGGCUAUAUUAGGAUAGGAGCUGGCGUUGGACCUUGGAAGUUUCUGAGGACAAAUGCAUGAACAUGAAGACCAAAUUUCUCCAGUUUCAUUACUAUUAUUAUCAUGAUCUGGGGUUAAAACACAGAGUAGCCUGAUUGCAGCACGAACCGACUCAAUGGAAUUCGACUGCUGUACAUAUUGCAGAAGAUGGGCAAUAUGUAGGGUACAUGAAGUUACUGAGAACUCUUUUUGUUCUAUUUGGGGCAUUCAUUGUUCAGUUUGGUCUCUAUUCUUUUGGGAUAGGGGAAUAUAGACUAGUAUAUACCUUUAAUUCUUUGAUUGUUUUCUUGCAAGUUUUGUGCUCUAAAGGAGAGGGAGAAAAGAGGGGGGAUAUGGUGAACUGUAAUUGUAAUGCUACUUAAACGUUUGCUUGACUAAGCAAACAUUUGUACUUUCUUUGCUAACGAAUUGAACUAAGUUCGUGAGUGGGUCAUUAUAUUGAAUUAGUUUAACUGAUUCAAGCCCUCACAACUUUAUAUUAUUUGGUUGACUCAAAUGGGUGUCAAAUCUAAUAACCAACUUCUCCAAUCAUAAUACCUUGGUGAUAUUUGACAGGAUUUUUUUACGGUAUAUAUUGAUAUGAAAAAUAGUAGAAUAGUAAGUUUGUAAAAGUAGCAAAAUAAAGAGAUAUUUAUGGC